GCAACUUUUUAAAUCAUUCGGGCUUCUCUCUCUUCGAACCAAUCUGUUAUUUCCCUCUCCCAAAACUCGCCAUUCACUCUCCCAAACACCAAAAUCCCUCAAAAUCUACCAAAACCCAUCCCUCAAAUACUUAAAUAUCUUCAAAUCCUUACACAAAUCCAUAAGCUUUUUGCUCCAAUUUUGGUUGGGUUUUGUUGAGUUCUCUCUCUCAUGGCUUCAAGAAGGGGCAGAAGCAAAAGGAAAUAGAUUGGGAGUUCUAGUGCCAGUGGCCAAGCCCAGGAGGAAGGUACCCUUUAUAAUACCUCUCUAUUUUGGGAUGAUGAUGCUAUCAAUCAGUACAAUUUUGUCAAAAUUUUGGCUGUGUUACCAUGCAACAAUGUGAAGUUUAGUCACUUUCCUCAAGGGAAUAUACAUGUAGAAGAGAUUUUUAGGGAACUUGGAUGGAGUAAUUUUUUAGAGAUUAAGGAGCAUGUGUAUAUUGAUGUGGUUCACCAAUUCUAUGCUAAUUUGAAACCAAAAAGGGAGAAGUGCAAAACUAAGAGGGUGGAGAUGAUGAAUUUGAGAAUGUCAACCAUGAAGAAAUUAGAUUCGCACUUGCACCAACAUGUGUUACAAAUCAUAUUAGUGUGGGCUUUCUUUCACCAGAAAACAGAGCGUUGCAGUGCAUUAUUAGUUGUAUUCUUGCUCAAAGAAAGGGGUCUAAGUCUUUUGUGCUUACUAGUGAUCUUCCUUGGUUUGAUUAUCUUCUGAAGUGGAAAAGAAUGAACCUUGGUAGAUUUAUUUACCACAACAUUGUCAAGAAUUACUCCUCGGAUAUGGGUCUUCCACAUGGUGCAUUGAUUACUAGGCUAGUAAAAAAGAACAACAUUGAUCUUGAAUCUUUUAAGCAUGGGAAAAUUAAAGCUGGGACCACUCUCACUAAAGCAUCCUUUGAAAAAAUGCAAUCGAAGUUCCAAAGCCGGCUCAAAGUUUUGCAGCCGACUCUUGAGAAAAACAGAAUGGACUGCAAUCCUGCAAAGCAGGCUGUGGAAAUGGUAAGAGAGCCGGCUCUAAGAAGCUAAGUCGGCUCUCUUGACAAUCCUGCAUCUCGAGCUUCAUAUCCUGCAGGGCAUUUAAUGACCCCCAACGGCUAGAAACGGCUAUUUUCGACCAUAGGGUUAUAAAUAUGGUUGGUAAAAGAUCUGAAGGAGUUUUAGAGAGCAUUGUAUUGAAUAUCUUUACCUACCUACAUGAGCUUUAACUUGAGUUUUUGAUCUUCGAGAGAUCUUUGUUUGUAAUCCUCUUCUUGUGCUAUUAGUGAGUGAUCUUAGAGGUGUGUUGAUUCCUUCAAGAGUGAUCUAUAGAGAGGAUCUUUGGGGUUUAAGUGUAAAGGGGUGAGAUUUGAGAGAAACACCCUUCUUCUUGUAAAGGAUUGAGUGGCUCCUUUAAGCCACCAUUGUUUUUGUUAGUGGAGAGUGUGGAGGAAAUCCUUGGUGAGUGAAGCCAAGGUAGAGGACUAGGCUCCAAGUGGUUGGACCGAACCUCUAUAAAAUCAUUGUACAAGCUCUUCUUCUCCACUCUCUCUGUAAUUUUUGUUUGGUGGUUGCAAAGAGGUGAAAAUUCUCCAACUCCAAUUCACCCCCCUCUUGGAGUGCAUUGAGUCAACAUAUUUUGUAUUAACGAUUUAUCAUUGAACAUUUUGUUAUGUUAAACUGUUUAUCAAGCAUGCUAAAAUUUUACUCACGGGCUAUCCAUAUAUUUACAUACUGAGAUAUUUUAUCUCACCUAGUUUUCCAUGUCCACCAUUUCAGGAAGCGAAGUCAAGCAUGGGGAAAAACGAGGGGAGUGACGAGUUAGAAGGCUAGCCACCUGUAAUUUGACAUAGAUUUUAGAUAUAGAUCAUGAUCUUGUAAUUUAGAUAUAGAUCAUGAUCUUGUAAGCUAGAUUUUAAUUGGAGAUUUUAUAAAUUCAUUUAAUGGAU